AUGAGGAGGAGGAGAGCAUGCUGGGAUUUGUCCAUGGCGUGUCACCCUGGACCAGUUGUCACCGCAGCGCAGAUGGCCGGAGCCGCCAUGUAUGAGUUGGUGCGAGUCGGUCAUUCAGAACUUGUGGGUGAGAUUAUUCGGCUGGAGGGAGACUUAGCCACCAUCCAAGUAUAUGAAGAGACCUCUGGUGUGUCGGUGGGAGAUCCGGUGCUGCGGACCGGGAAACCUCUCUCGGUAGAGUUGGGCCCUGGCAUUAUGGGAAACAUCUUUGAUGGGAUCCAACGUCCUUUGAAGGAUAUUUCAGACCUGACAAAAAGUAUUUACAUCCCUCGUGGUAUUAAUAUCAACGCUCUGUCCAGAGAUAUUAAGUGGGAAUUUAUUCCAGACAAAAACAUCAGGCCUGGUAGUCAUUUGACUGGAGGGGAUAUCUACGGGAGUGUCACAGAGAAUUCUCUCAUCAAUCACAAAAUCAUGGUGCCCCCUCGAAGCUGUGGAACUGUUACCUACGUCGCCCCCCCUGGGAACUAUGACAUUUCAGAUGUCGUUCUAGAAUUGGACUUCGAAGGCAUCAAAGAAAAGCUGACCAUGGUACAGGUGUGGCCAGUGCGGCAGAUUCGACCAACUGCUGAGAAGCUUCCAGCCAACUACCCACUGCUAACUGGACAGAGAGUCGUGGAUGCCCUUUUCCCAUGUGUCCAAGGUGGAACCACAGCAAUCCCUGGUGCCUUCGGCUGUGGGAAGACUGUGAUCUCUCAAGCUUUAUCCAAGUACUCCAAUAGUGAUAUCAUUGUUUAUGUGGGCUGUGGAGAGAGAGGUAACGAGAUGUCUGAGGUGCUGAGAGACUUCCCAGAGCUUACCAUGGAGGUUGAUGGGAAAACUGAGACAAUCAUGAAAAGGACAACUCUGGUGGCAAACACAUCCAACAUGCCAGUAGCAGCCAGAGAGGCCUCAAUCUACACAGGAAUCACCUUGUCUGAAUAUUUCCGAGAUAUGGGUUACAACGUCAGUAUGAUGGCAGAUUCCACUUCACGAUGGGCCGAGGCGCUGAGAGAAAUCUCUGGUCGUUUGGCAGAAAUGCCAGCUGAUAGCGGUUACCCGGCAUACCUCGGUGCCCGUUUGGCCUCCUUCUAUGAGCGGGCGGGAAGAGUCAGGUGCCUGGGAAGUCCUCAAAGAGAAGGCAGUGUCAGCAUUGUUGGAGCCGUGUCCCCACCUGGUGGUGACUUCUCCGAUCCAGUCACAUCAGCCACUCUGGGUAUUGUGCAGGUGUUCAGGGGUCUAGACAAGAAAUUGGCCCAAAGGAAACAUUUUCAUCCAUCUGUGAAUUGGCUCAUCAGUUACAGUAAGUACAUGAGGGCACUGGACGAAUUUUACGAGAGGAAUUUUGCUGAACUGGUACCACUCCGAACCAAAGCCAAAGAGAUCCUUCAGGAGGAGGAAGACCUAGCAGAGAUUGUCCAGCUGGUGGGAAAGGCCUCGCUAGCAGAAGGUGAUAAGAUCACCUUGGAAGUUGCUAAACUCAUAAAGGAUGAUUUCCUCCAGCAGAAUGGCUACUCUGCCUAUGACAGAUUCUGUCCUUUUUACAAGACGGUGGGCAUGCUGCAGAACAUGAUCGCCUUCUAUGACAUGGCACGACAUGCGGUGGAAGCCACGGCUCAGUCAGAAAAUAAAAUAACCUGGACGAUAAUUCGGGAACAACUCGGGGACAUCAUGUACAAACUCAGCUCCAUGAAAUUCAAGGAUCCCCAAAAGGAUGGAGAAGCCAAGAUUAAAGCCGACUACGCCCAGCUGUAUGAGGAGAUGCAGACGGCAUUCCGCGGCCUGGAGGACUGA